AAUCUUUAAAAAGACUUAUAUUUAAAAAUGAAGGGAGUAAUAAAAGUUAGAUGUGAGGUAUUAUGUCACGUCUAGAUGAGAUGUGACAUAGUUGGAUCCUUUCCUUUUGGUGGAGUAUUUUGCCCACGGCCUGGAUGCAGGAGGCCCAACCGUGGCUUGAGAGCAGAAAUAAUAAAUCACGGCAUAAUGAGCAUUGUAGUUAGCAAGUCCUUGCCGGUGGUGGUCGUCGGCCCUUGCGCCGGCAUCGUCCAUCUCUCCUCUUUCGACAGGUGCAUGCCUCCCUUCCCAGUCACUCUGCUUCUUGUCUUCAACCAGCCAAUCGAAGACCCCGUCGAGACCAUCAAGAAGGCGCUGUCGCAGGCGCUGAUGCACUAUCCCCCGAUGGCCGGCCGCACCGGCGACGACGGGGAGGGGGAGCUCCACAUCGCUUGCACCGGCGAGGGUGUCUCUUUCGUGGGUGCGUCGGCUAGCUGUGCCCUCGACGACGAGGCCACGAGAUCGGCGCUGCUCCUCAGCGACCUCGCCGUUGGCUACCCCGCCGAAUACUGCCGCCUCAGCGACCCCUUCCUGCUUAUGCAGGUGACCGAGUUCUCCCGCGGCGGGUUCAUCGUCGGCGUGACGUGGAACCACGUCAUGGCCGACGCGGCGGGGAUGGCGCAGUUCCUGCGGGCCGUUGGCGAGCUCGCCCGGGGGAUGCCGGCGCCGGCCGUCGCUCCGGUCAGGUCUGAAAUCGACGGCUCGGUGCCACGACUCCCGCCGCUGAUGGUCGCCGCUGUGAGGUCCCAGAUGCGCAUGGAAACGGAGGAACUCGCGAGCCUCGACGUCACCAUCCCCUCGAGCUUGAUCGGCCGCAUCAAAGAAGAGUGCGCCGGCGACUGCACGGUGUUCGAAGCCGUCGCAGCCGUGCUCUGGCGGUGCCGCACCCGCACGGUCAUCUCCGAUGCUGACACCGACGACCCUGUGGCCUUCGCCUUCCCGAGCAACGUGCGCGGCCUCGUCGGCGCCAAGGAAGGCUACUACGGCAAUUGCGUCGCCAUGCUGCAGGUCCAAGCCAGUAGCGCCGCGGUGGCGAGCGGCGACAUGAAGGACCUGGUGAAGCUCAUCAAGCUUGCAAAGGAGAAGGUAUCAGACAUAUUCGUGAAUGCCGGCGACGAGACCAGCGACGGUGCCAGUAGAGAUGAGCAGCAGCGGGCACACCCGCGCUCAAGGUACAACACGCUGAGUGUCACGAGCUGGAGGAACCUUGGGUUCGAAGCCGUGGAUUUCGGGCCUGGGAGGCCGGCGCGCGUGAUGUGGAAGCCACACCGGACGAUUGGGUUCGUCUGCGUUGUGUGCCCGCCGUGCAAUGCAAGGGGGGAGGACGGCGUCAACGUCGCGUCCUUUUGCGUCAAGCCGGAGCACGCCGGCGCGUUUGUAGCGGAGUUGGCGGCCCUCAACAUAUAAAUGCGAAUUCGUAGUAUCAUGUACUAGUAUCAUAUAAUCCCUCCGUUCCUAAAUAUAAGUCUUUUAAUCAAUUUCACUAAGAGACUACAUA